GCAUUGCCUCGAGCCCAUCUGAAGAAAAGUGUAUGGGCCUCCGCGACCCAGCUAGACGCCGCUCUCCCUCCUCCGGUCCUCCCCCAAACCCUCGCCGCCGCAGCCUCGACGCCGCCGGAGCGCCGGCCGGGCAGAAUCUCGCCCGACUCCAUGGACUACGACAGGCUGAACUCCCCGAGCACGUCGGCGAUCACGCUGGAGCUGAUGGGCCACCGCCUGCAUAUUUCUCAGGACCCUAACUCGAAGCACCUCGGCACGACGGUAUGGGACGCGUCGAUGGUGUUCGCCAAGUUCCUGGAAAAGAAUAGCAGGAAAGGUAGGUUUUGUCCGUCUAAACUGAAAGGGAAAAGGGCGAUUGAGCUAGGAGCUGGUUGCGGUCUAGCCGGGCUCGGAAUGGCAUUGCUGGGUUGUGACGUCGUUACGACCGACCAGGUUGAGGUGCUCCCGCUGCUCAUGAGGAAUGUUGAACGCAACAAAUCGUGGAUUGCGCAGUCUAAUUCUGACUCAGGCUCCUUUGGCUCAGUUACGGUUGCAGAAUUGGAUUGGGGAAACAAAGAACAUAUCAGAGCCGUUGAACCUCCAUUCGAUUACAUCAUUGGAACUGAUGUCGUUUAUUCAGAACAUCUAUUGCAACCUCUACUCGAGACAAUUAUUGCACUAUCUGGUCCUAAGACGAAGGUGCUGCUAGGAUACGAGAUCCGUUCCACCACUGUCCAUGAGCAGAUGAUGGAAAUGUGGAAAAUCAACUUUAAUGUGAAAACUAUAUCCAAAUCAAAGAUGGAUGCUAAAUAUCAACAUCCUAGCAUAAAUCUUUACAUGAUGGACCUCAAAGCUUCGUCGGUCUCCGAGACCGGACCCAACAGCAAUGGGAGCACCGAGGAGGAGGAGGACGAUGCCUCCAACCCGGGAGAAGACGAAGACCCCGGAGUGAAGGCUGAACCUUGUACGGCUUCAAAAGAAGACGCGGACGACUGGGAAAUCAGGAGGUCCGGGGCCAUGGCUGCAAGACUUCUCAAGGAUGUCAGGCUAACAUGAGACUGAAUAUGUUGAACUCUACCCAGUUUGAUGUUGUACUUUUCUCUGUGUGUGCGUGGGCACAUGGUGGUGUUGUUGUCUUGAACAUUUAUUCUUGAGUUGCAGUUUAAUUUACUGGUCCUAUUCAGUUGCUAUAUGACACAAAGUUGAUCUUGAUUUA